ACCGUAACAUCAACUCGAUUUUGUUAGAGCUUUUACUGAUAUUGAUUAUAAUUUCAUCACUACUCUGAAGAACUAAACCUAAACCCCUAAAUUAUUUGAACUAAAAAAAACCUAACUUCUCUAAAUUCUUCUCAAAAUAAUUCCAAAACUCCAAAACUUUACGCAGAUGAGAACGUCGGAUCCUGCUUUUCCCGUUCGGCACACCUCGUGCUGUUUAGAUAUCAAUGGGCACAAGACGGAUAUUAUCAUAAGCAGCUACGAAGAUCAUAUUCUCGUCAUGGCAACUCAGAUAGGAAGCAUGGGGACUAUAUUGCAAGCUAGGAAAGAGGGAGGAGGCGUUUCAAUUGAUCCAACUUACAGCGUCUCUGUAGUAUUCGGUAAACGAGACGAGCCCAUGCUCGUCGCUUGUGCUCGACAGUUGAUUGAACAUAUAAGCAACUCUGGAUCAUCGAAAGCAUUAGUCCUGUCCCUUGGUCUGAGAGAUCAUUCAUUGGGGAUAUUGAAGACAAUAGUUGCAGCUGUAACUGAGAAACUUGCUGAGAAACAGCAAAACAUCGUUACAAUCUGUUUCUGCUGAAUGAAAAGCGAUUUUGACAAGAAUUUGGUGAAUUUUUCGACUUGAGCAAACCACUCUACCUGCAAAAGGUCGGUUAUUCCUGCCUCUGUCGACUCACUAGCAUUUCCUGCGAAGACCAAAUAUCUAAGCUGACGGGGGAAGGUAAAAGAGCAUUGUACGGGCCAAUGCAUAGAUAGUCGUUACCUGCAGUUUGUUCAACAAACUCCAUCAUUUUGAGCACUCCAUCCUGAAAAGAUGAGUAUAUUCAGAUGAGCAACGGAUGAUCGAAUAAGGUGCAAGAGGUUGAGGGAGCUUACUCUUUUUAUUGUAUUAUGCUGCAAUAUGCACUGUAAUGAUUGGAGAACCGAGGCAGUUAAGGUACUAGGAUUUGUUGGGAAUGUGGAACCACCGGAAAUUGAGCUACAGUGGUUCACGGGAUCCUGGAUUUGAUAAGAAACACGAUGGUUACAAACGCCCUCGACUGAAAACAUAGCUAGGUUUAAACCAAGUUAUGUAUAAUUUCAAAGAUGUGCUCAGUUAUGUAUUUCUUUUGAGGGGGCAUGUACUUUGUGUUCUAUUUUCCCUGUCCUAUAAGAGUUACAUUUUUUUGUCA